UGCACAGCGAGUGAGGGAAAAAAAAAAAACACACUGGUCUCCACAUGUGCAACACAGUCUGCUCCAUGCUAAGAAAAGGAUUACAAGUGUUGUGAGGCUGGCUUAAAUUCGCAGUUUUCUGAUUGGAGUUUGGUGCAGAGGACGGAACAAACAUGGAGGACAUGAGCUUCAUUAAGCUGCCGGCCAAUGAGGGCAAACAGCCGGCCAAGAAGAGGGCGAAACCCCCGCAGUCUAGCCUGGAGGAAGAGGAGGAGGAGCGGCGGAGGAACGUAAAGAACCUGGCGGUGCUGGGGGAGAAGAACAGCUCGGUGAAGCUGCUGGAGGAGCUGGUAUUCGGGGCCGAGGAGGAGCUGCUGGAGAGACUCGUGGAGGAGGACGAGGACCAAACCGGACUCCUGCUGCUGGAGGACAAAGAUGAAGAGGAGGCAAAGGAGUCUGAGGAUGAGGGCGGAGUGCGGCAGGAGCUGCAGGCCGAGAAGAAAGCGGCGUGGGUGGACGAGGAUGACGAGCUGGAGGAAGAGGUGGACAUGAAGCACCGUUUCCGUAGAAACCUGAUGAAAGGCGAGGCAGAGUCCAUCAUGACCAAACAGAAACUGCAGCAGAGGAUGAGGGAGCAGUUCCAGAAGGCGAUGGGAGGAACUCCAUCAUGGGCGGAGAGCGGUGCCCAGAAGAAGAGUAAGAGGAGGAGGAGAGCUGAGGAGGAGGAGGAUGAAGAUGAGGAGGAUGACCUGCUGAGGAGGACGGGAAACUUUGUGGCGUCCUCGGACAGCCUGCCCAGCAGCAUCCUGAGGGUGAAGAAGUGUCUCCACGCCAACAGCGCCCGGCCGUCUGAGGACAGGCUGACCACCGUCCAGUUCCACCCCAGCGCUCAAGUCGUCAUGACUGCCGGCCUCGACCAGUCCGUCUCCCUGUUCCAGGUGGACGGGAAGACCAACCCGAAGAUCCAGAGCAUCCACCUGGAGCGCUUCCCCGUCCACAAGGCGCAGUUCAGCGUGGACGGGGAGACGGUGAUCGCCACCAGCCUCAAGAACAAGAUGUUCUACCUGUACGACAUGAUGGAGGGCCGCGUCUCACCUGUGCACACCGUCAGAGGUCUGAAUGAAGCUCGAGUGAAGGAGUUCUCCGUGUGUCCUGAAGGAGGCGCUCUGCUGCUCACAGGCACCAAUGGAUACCUGCACCUCCUCACCCUCAAGACAAAGGAGGUGGUUCGCAGUAUGAAGAUAAACGGUGAUGUCAGCGGCGUCGCGUUCUCUCCUGAUGGCAGCAAAGUCUUUGCAAACUCGGAGGAUGGGGAGGUGUAUGUGUGGGACAUGCGCAGCAGUCGGUGUGUGAACAGGUUUACGGACGACGGCUGCGUGAGGGGAACUUCCAUCGCCACUUCUCAAAACGGGCGGUACCUGGCCUGUGGCUCUCAGUCGGGUGUGGUCAACGUCUACUCUCAGGAGGUGUGUCUUAAUUCGGCCAAUCCAAAGCCUCUGAAGGCAGUGAUGAACCUGCUGACCUCAGCGACCGCCCUGACCUUUAACCCCACAUCGGAGAUCCUGGCCAUUGCGUCCCGCGCAGAGGAUGAGGCUGUGCGGCUGGUUCACCUGCCCAGCCUCACCGUCUUCUCCAACUUCCCCGUCGCCAAGAGGAAGAUCGUUUAUCGAGCCAGCUGCCUCGACUUCUCCCCGCACAGCGGCUUCUUCUCACUGGCUAACAACAAAGGCCACGCCCCCCUCUACAGGUUGCUGCAUUACAAAGAGUUCUGAGGGGCGGAGCUUCGAGCACGAAUCAGACUGUUUCUGUAAAUACUGAAACCUGCAGAGGACCAAUCAGCUGCAGGAGGCGGAGUUUGUUUGAUUGUUUGUAUGAUGUGAUUUCAUAAAGACUCAGAGGAUCCCUGCAGUUUCCUCCGUUUGUUCAAAACCAGUUUUAUGAAACGCUGACGUCGUUCUGAAGUGUUUCAAAUAAAACUCACUAAAUAUCAUCAAAAUACAAAAAUGUGAAAGAAAAAACAUUUUAUGUAGAUUUGACAAACUGUCGAACUGCCAUCAUAGAAAUAAUGUUUUUAUUUGUAGUUUCAUUUUGAGUUCAGAUAAAAUAUUUUAUUGAUAAAUAACAUCGCAGUGAGCUUUAAUUAAAGAGGAAGUCUUUAAGGACUGCUGCAGGUUUGUAAUUGUAAAUAAAAUAGUCUUUUGUAGAAUCUUAUAACAGAAAUCACUGAUUAGCUCUUAUUGUCUAAUAAAAACAUUCAGGGACACACACACACACACACACGCUGUAUAAUGGGUCAUUAUGACACACACAGGUCAGGUUGGAAGGCCGAAUUUGAAGAUAAUAAAAUUCUACAGGUUGUCUCAUAAUUCCUCGCACACAGGUGACAUCUCCACUGAUCGACUGGUUGAUUUGAUUUGAUUACAUCAUCAAGUGAAUUGAGUGAUUUUUGAGCUGUUUUGGCAUCAUUGAGCUUCCGUACAGCAAACAGCUGUUUCAUGAACAGUCAGCAUUGAGGAAGUUGCAGAAGUGACCAAUCAGAUGACAGGAAGAUCAAACUGGAUUUACCAGCUCGCUCACACACGCUCGCGCGCUGCUGCAGGAAUGUCCUCGGUCCUGUCCGUCCGCCUCCUUCAGGCUGAAGCAUGAAAAGCUCGUGUCACUCCCAAAAACUCGUCAGCGCUCACUUCCAACCGUCACGUUAACUUGGCCCUCGAGCCAGGCAUCAUCCAACCUGCUGCCAUCACAGUUCCAGAGGUCAAAGGUCAAAUUCUUGUUGAAAAUAAAGUUUGAAAGAUUUUUUUGUUUUAUUUAAGCUUUUAUUAAAUGAAUAAAUAAAUAUAAUGAUGUUUUCAUUUCAUGUUUAUUUUAUAACAUUUAUUUUAUUAAAUAAUUCGUUUGUUUACUAAUAUUUGUUUCAUCAGCUAUAAUUUAGAUACAUUUUUGUUUUAUUGUUAUUUCAUUUAGUUUGGGUUCGUUUGAAGUCUGAUUACAUGAUUGAAGUUAUGAGAAGAUCAUUUUAAUGUUUCUUUGUUUUUAAAGUUUGGGACUGAAACAUUUUUAAAAACCAAUAAAAGGAUUUGAUCUGAUCGUGUUUCCGAUCGAUCGGAUGUUAAAAUGUGCCUGAAAGUUGGGGGAGCAACAAUCUCACCUCCCAGCUGCAUAAACACCCACCCAUAAAUCCACCCACCAAACUAACCUGGCUGCUUUCUGCACCUGUUGGCCCCGCCCACGCUGACAUCACAGAGGAGCACUAACCAGAGUUUCAGGCUCCAGAAGUGGCUGACCUGACAGAGAGGAAGGUAAGAACUUUUCCCUGUUUCACGUAGAAUGAUCUGGACUCACAGACUGAUCUUAAAUCACAGGAACAAAAACGUGUUCCAGAAACUCGAGCGGCUGCGAGAGUUUAGGUUUGGCUGUGUCUCUGAUUGGUCAGGUGAGCACACCUGUGCAGGUGUUCCUGUGAGUUUGGCCUCCUGAGUCAGAGCUGCAGGUGGAGCCUGCUGUAGGUUUGAUUUCAGAUGUCUAACCUGACGUGUGAAAACAAAAUCUUUACAACCAAAGUCUGAACCUGUUUGUGAUCGUGUGGAGUCUGAGCACCUGUGGAGAGGUUCACACCUGAGCUCCAGCUUUUACUUUCAGUCUGGACUAAGACUGAGCUGCAGACACGCUGAUGUCUGAAAGUUUGAAGUUUCUGGGUCAUAGAGAGGAUCUGAUUGGCUGCUGUGAUGAGGAAAGGUGUUUCUCUGCUUCCUGUUCCACCUUGUCGCUCACUAAACACGAGCAGCUGUUAGUGGGAGAUAGAAGUGAAGCUGUGGUGCUGCUGGGUGAAAUCCACGCAGUUAGUCUUUGUGUGCUGGUGGAAGAGCAGCGCCUUUAAACAGAAACCACAAACAGCUGCUGAGCUUCACUGCCGGUUUGUCCUGACUGAGUGGGACGCGUUGGUCCUAACCCACCGGUGGCGUGCAGACACCUGACGACGCCUUCCCGCCCCAGUGGAGGCAGUGUCAGGCUGGGUGGCUGAUUCGAGCCGCACAGACGCCCCGAGGAUGGACUCGGGUUCAGAUUUAGCCCAAACCCAACGAGCUUGUGCAGAGUCGUGACUUUAAAGUCGUCCCAGAGUUCAGGAUGUUCUUACUGCUGUCUCAGAAUUUUAAAAUUCAGAUGAUCUGAAGUUACAUGAAGUAUUUUUCACUCUGCUCAUUUUGAAGCUUUGAAACAAACAAACCUAACUGAUGAUCACAUUUUUAGACUGUUUUCAUUUCUCUGGCGUUCUGUCCGGUUACAUUCAUUUAAAAUGACUCUGACUUGACUUGUUUCCAUGUGCUGAUCUUAUCUCAGCUCUGACUCACUGUGACACGCAGAGCUGCUCGUGGUGAAACACGUAACAGGUGUUUGUUGAUGCGUCUAAAUUCUCCGAUGGUCUGCGUGCAGCACUCGGGGCAGGCUCAACCUUUUAUCGGGCGGCGUGGUCGCAUCCACG